AUGCCAGCUAUGCCAGACCUUUCGGAUUUGACCCUCUUUGAUGAGAAACCAUCUCUCGGGUUGGAAGCUUCAGGGCCAAGGAGUCCUCUAGCUGCCGAAGCUGAAGGGCCAAUUUCAUCUGAAAGUUCACCUGAGGACAGUGAUGGGGAUGAUGGUCUUGUCGAGUUCUUCCCCGAUUCUGCACCCUCACAAGCUAGGAGGCGAAGCUCGGGGCACCUAAAUUUUGUUGAUCAGGUUUCUGAUGGCAUCGGGUCUUACCUUGCUCUUUUCGGCAAGCAGAAGGUGAACAACACAGUCUACAAUCGGUCUGCAGGUUCUGAAUCUGCAAGGUGGAGCAAGUGUCUUGAGAAGUUCUCCAACUGGUUUGGCAAGAGCUUGGCUUUUGUGCCAAGAGCCACGGAGGAUAGUUGUCAGAUCGGUCUGAAGCGGCCAUGUCAGGGACGGUCAUCAGAGAAGCUAGGACCAUGUGUGCCGCCUGCAGACCUGGAGUUUGAACACUUCCCAGGACCAGAUGGUCAGCCCAGGCUGUCUUUCUCUGCAUCGUUUGAGUCCGGCAACCUGACUUUAGCCCAGUGUGAUGGCCCCAACCUUUAUAUCCUGGCAGUGGAUGUUGAUGUCCAUACCGACGGCUAUACGCAGUGGUUCUACUUUGCCGUGCGAGGGGGUAAGGUGGGUAUGGAGGUGACAUUUCGCUUGGUGAACAUGGCCAAGUCCAGCUCUCUUUUUGGUGACAAAGGCAUGCGGCCCGUAGUUUGGAGCGAGAAAUCUGGCAGAGGGUGGGAGCGUGGAGGUAGCCAAGUUAGCUACUCAAAGUCCACUGAUGAGGAUGUCAAGGGAGCAGGUCUAUUGAGCGGGCGGAAAGUGUGGUUCACAUUGUCAUUCAACUACACCUUCGAACACGAUGAGGACACCGUAUUCUUUGCGUACCACUAUCCGUACACGUACAGUCAUCUUCGUGGCUUCCUUGAUUGCUUGGCUGAUCAUCCAUACUCUGGGACACUAUUCAGCAGGAGGGUGCUUUGCUACACCAUAGGAGGUUUGCCUUGCGAAGUGCUUGAUGUGGACGAAGGUUCUUCCAGUUCUCGGCAAGGUGUCGCUGUCAUGACGGCAAGAGUUCAUCCAGGAGAGUCUAAUGCUUCCUGGAUGAUGCACGGCUUCAUUUCUUUUUUGCUCUCCCCAGCGCCUGAAGCGAAAGCACUGCGGCAGGCAUUCAAGUGGCUGAUCGUGCCAAUGUUGAAUCCUGACGGAGUGGUGCGUGGAUGCUAUCGAUGCGGGCUUGCCGGCACAGACUUGAACCGAGUGUACACCAGCCCAAACAAGAUCUUACACCCUGAGAUAUACCACUUGAAGGAAGCCAUGAAGAGUGCUGGCAGCAACGUAGAGCUUUUCAUUGAUCUUCAUGGACACUCAAAGAAGGAAGGCAUUUUCUUUUACGGAGGAAAAACUGAAGACUGGAACCGACAGUGUGACAUCCAGUUGCUGCCGAGGCUUUGCUGCUUGGGCUCUUCCGACUUUAAGUGGAACCAGUGCUCCUUCAAUUUGAACGAAUCCAAGAUGUCCACCGCACGAUUGGUGAGUUUUCUGCAACUCCGAGUUCAGAGAGCAUAUGUAGUGGAGGCCUCUUUUGCAGGGAGUGGAGAAAGCGUGAGGAGAGAUGUUGAGGCCGAGGCCUCAGACACUGAUCCCGGAGAAGAGGGGGAAGCUGUGGAAGGUGCUGCAAUGUUUGAGGGGUCCCAGGGUGUCGUGCAGGAAGCAGCGACCUUGCUCUUGCAACAACUUGGUGCGCUUGACGGCAGAGAAGCCGCUGCGUCCUCUGGCAUUCGAAAGGGCACAAAAGAGGUCCCGCUAUCUGUGCCGAGGAAAUCGCCAGCGAAUUCCAGAAGUCAAAGUGCAGUUGGCAGCCCUAGAGGAUCACCUGUCAACUCCAGCCCACCUGGCAGCUCCAUGGGAAGCCCACCACCAAGCAAGAGCCCAGUGCCAAGCAGAAGGAUAUCCGGAAUUUCUUUGCCAAGACCUUUAAGCCCCUCCAGUGGUCAGAAAGAGGGGCCACACGAGGAGUCCGACGAUGCAUCACAGCCGAGCAAAGCAACGGUGGGAUUGAAGAAGGAGAAGGACAGGCACAGCGUUGAGACAGCUGAAUUUGAUGCGAUGCGGCUGGAACUGGUGGGGCCCAUUGUUGGGAGAGCUAUUUGUGCAGUUUGGCAACUGGAUUUGCUCCCUUCAGAUGAUGCAAAGGAUGACAGUGCUGACGGCCUUUUGGAUGGUACAGAACAGAGGCAAUGGUCGCACCUGCAAUACAGCAAGCUGACAUCUGAAAUGGCACAGAGGGAAUUGGGAAGACUGAAGAGCGGCAAAGUUCGUCGUGAGAAGAAUGACAAUGAUGAUGAUGGGUCGGAUUCCCACCCAAGUGCAGAUGAGAAGCCCGCAACAGAGCUACGCCAGCUCCAAAAGCGCCUGACAAAAAAGUCAAAGAGGCAGAAAACUUUCAAGUUUGCGCCUCCAGAAGAACCUGAAGCGGAAGUGAAGUACAAAAUAGUGGUCGCGUUUGGAAAGGCAAUAAAAGUUCCAAUCAAAGCAGGAGAACAUGGAGCUUCCAGAAAGCACAGUAAGGUAGGGGAAGCAGUGGAGAAGUUUCUCAAGCAUUCAAGUAAUCGAGAGAGGCCAAUGUCAGCAACCCCGAGUGAUGUUUCCAGGCGUGGGCUGAGAGCUCCUGCAGGUAUGCGUGCUGAAGGCUCAAGGAAUGGUAGCCCGCGCAAUUUGGAGAAAGAUGAGAAGGAUGAGAAGAAUGAAACUUUGAGCUUUCAAUUGCAGAAGGCAGAGCAGAAGGCCGACAAAUCAUCAAAGGAUUCGAACAAAUCCAGCUCCAAAAGCUCCAAGCCAAGUUCAAAGGAAAGCGUGCAGCAGAGUGCCAGCCUCUCACGAGAAGAAGCAGAUGGGUACAAAGAUUUGAAGGAAUUUGCAACAUCGCCAAGUUCCCGGCAAAGUUCACACCCAAGCCCUGCAGUAUUCCAGGUUUGGGAUCAACAAGCCGCCAAUAUCGUAGAUUUUGACAGCUGCGUGAGUGCGGUCCAACUCGAUGUGGUUCAUCAAGCUGUUGAUGGCUCUCGAUUGGACGACACUGCUCCCUCAGUUGAUGAAGCUGAUGAAGGUGCAAGAGUUUUGAUCAGCCCUUCGAGAAGGUCAAGCAUGCGAACGAGACGGGAGGAGGCGACGUACAUUGCACAAAAUAUUGUGUAUGGCCCAGGGGUUCCUCCCGCAGCAGGCUCAAGUGCAGGUGGUUCAACCAUCCAGAUCACGCUGCCUCCGUCUGUUGUGGACGAGGAGGCAGAAAGACGGCGCAGCAUACACCAGGUGCGGCCACUUGCCAAAGCUCCUUCAAGCCGCCCGCUUUCGCCGAAGGCUUCUUCGACCACUAGCGAUGUAGUGGAAGCCAAGCUUGCCCAUGUCACGCUGCCAGAAAUCUCCUCAGCACAUCUGGAUUCCAACGUGGCGUUCAGCACAACUUCAGAUGAGACAACUUUUCUAUCCGGAAAAGACAGGCUAGGAUCAGUGCAUCACUGUAGCUUCAAGGAGUGGAUGGAGAGGCAAGAGAACUCAGAGCAGGAUGUACCAGGGCAAAGCUCAAGCCCACCAAAAAUCGCUCCAUUGCGUUCGGCAAGGGUGGUGAGAUUAAAAUCUGGGCCAGUCAGUGUUGGUACCCUUCCUGACGAGCCCUCCUUCGAUGCUCCAAAAGGCAUGGUUGAACACACGGUUGAACACCAGCCGCGGCCUGAGCCAGUGGCCGAGGAAGAGACGAAGUUGGCGCUGAAGAAAGCGCGAUGUGCGGGCCACUUUAGCACCAACAACUCCCUUUUUGCCGUCUUGGUCUUAUCGACUCACAACUGCUUAUCAAUGGUGGCAAAGCUGGGGAACAAUGAGAAGACUGCAAAGUUCUUUAAUCCUGCACUGUUGAAGGCAUCCACCCGAUAUGCGAGGACUUCGUCAGGCAUACGAAGCUUCAAUCAUGAACGGAUGGAGAUCAUCGAGUUUGAGAAACCACUUACCCUGAUUGUUGGACCAAACGGUUCGGGUAAGACUACAAUUAUCGAGUGCUUGAAAGUUGCAUCAGCUGGGAUCCUACCUCCGAAUGCCAAGAAUGGACAUGGCUUCAUUCAUGACCCGCAGAUCGCUCGGCUUCCUGAAGUGAAAGGACAGAUUCGAAUGCUUUUCAAAGCGGGGGUGGAUCAAACAAAUCGUGAGAUUUGUGCGGUUCGGUCUUACCAAUUGACCAACCGGAGAGUGGCUGGCCGAUUGAAGCCAACCUUUAAGGCCUUGGAAAGCGUCCUGCGGACUACGGCAGAUGAUGGUAGUAAAGCCAGCCUAAGCCAUAGAUGUGCUGACAUGGAUACCCAAGUGCCUGAACUCAUGGGUGUGUCCCGUGCCGUGCUGGAGAACGUGAUUUUCUGUCAUCAAGAGGAGUCAUCGUGGCCUCUUCAGGAUGCUGCUAGUGUGAAGAAGCGCUUUGACGACAUUUUUGGUGCCACGAGGUAUACCAAAGCUUUGCAGAACAUCAAGGAAGUACAGCGUGACUGGACGAAGAUCACUCGUGAACGGAAGGCUGAUGCGGACCUUUCCCAGGCGCAUCUGGAUCAAGCAAGAAAGCUCGGUGGACAGAGGGAAGACCGAGAACGAAUCGCCAAAGAGCUUUCAAGUGAGCUUGAAACGUUAGAUUCCAAGCUAGGUCAAGUCGAUGAGGAGCUGCAGAAAGCAGAGUUAGACCUCGCCCAGUAUGAAAGUUGUGGCAUUCGUGUUGCCGAACUGAAGGGCUUGAUCGGGAAGUGCCACAAGGACAAGCAAGAGACGGCUGAAGCAAUGAAGCAGAAGGAGCAAGACAUUUUCAGAGAGUCCCUUGCAGAACUGGAAGAACAGUCUAGACAGUUCAAUGAGCGUGCCAUAGUUCAGAGUGACCAGCAGGUUAAGCAGGCCAGGGCAGAGUUGGCCAAAGGGGAGUCUGUGUAUCAUGCCGCAGUCAAUGCCGCACGGCAACUUCGUGAGGAUAUGGGAGAGACGGUGGCCGCUGCUGAACUCUUGACUUCGCGCAAGGCAGACCUCAAGGGCCGCCUGCAGCAAGCAAACGAGCCUUCAAUAGAAGCCUUGAGGGCCAAACUGGAUUCGGAAGCAGCCAAGUUUGCUCAGGCAGAGCGAGAACAAAGGCAACGAGAUGCGCAAGCUGAAGAAUCCAUUGCCGCAACUGAACGGGCUUUGCAAGAGGCGUCGUUGGAAGCAUCCAAACAUGACUCUCGAAUUCAGGAUGCGACAAAGGCAAUUACCCGAUUAGAGGAGGAAGCAAAGACCUUGGCACGGGCAGGGCCUGACUUGGAUGCUUUAGUUCGUGGCCUACGGGAGAACGAGGCCGCUCUAGGCGCUGAAGGAAAUGAUGCACGGCUUCGACGUCUGGAAGCACGGCAAGAAGAUAUUGGGAGACGGCGUCACGACUUGCAAUACUCUUUGCAGCGGAAGAGCAGUGAGGUAGCACAGCUAGAGGCCCAGAGUAGUGUUCACGCUGAAGUUGAUGCCUUGAGGCAGCGCCUCAGAGAAGCAGAAACAGAUCUUGGGAAGAAGCUGGGCGAGUUGCGAGCGGGACUGGUUCCUUUGCUUGGACAAAUGCCAGAAGCUGCUGAGGCAGAGGCCAAGGUAGUUGCCACUUUGCAGGAUUCACAGGCUGCGUUGCAGCAACAGACCAAGAAGUGCCAAGAUUUGCAGAAUCGCAUCGGAAUUGCUAGUGCCAAGAAGGCUUCUGUAGAAGCUGAGAUUCACAGAUUGCAGCAGGAAGAUUCACGCAUUGCAGCAGAACUUGGUGUGCCCUCUGCCACCGCCACCGGCCCUGGGCACAGCAGCGCAGCUGCAGAAUUUAAAGCUCGGCUUCAAGACAUCAAGCAGCAAAUAGAGUUUGCUCGGAAAGAUGUGUCAAUGACCGAGAGUGCGAAACACAUGUAUGAAAAGUUCCGGGAGAAGUCUCGAUCGAAGAACAUUUGCCAGUUCUGUAAACGAGCCUUUUGUGGAGAAGGAGACCUUGCAACUUUUGAAGAUGCUAUGGAGAAGCUGAUUGCCAAAAUUCCUGGCUUUUUGGAGUCUAGCCAUCAGAAACUAAGCGAGGUCCAACUGCGAGAAACUGCGCUUGAGUCUCAGCGUCCUCGUUGGGACCGCUUGGAGCAGUUGCGGAAAGAGGAAGUGCCGCGGAGGCAGAAAGAGCUUCAGCCAGCUGUGGAGGAAGAACGCCUGAAGCUCAGAGCUUGA